AUGAGCUGGCAAAACGCCGCGGGCAUGGGGAUGAAUCCGGGCAACGGCAUGGGCGGCGGCCCCGGCGGCGGCGAGAUGGGUGCUGCCAUGCAGGGCAACGGCAACGGCCAGCCCAAUGCCACAGAGUACACGUUGCAGGGCGUUAUGCGCUUUCUGCAGACCGAAUGGCAUCGCCACGAACGCGACCGAAACUCGUGGGAGAUUGAACGCCAGGAGAUGAAGGGCAGGAUAGCGAAUCUCGAGGGCCAGGCAAGACGGGCCGACGCCACCCAAAAGGCCCUCAAGCGCUACGUCGGCAUCCUCGAGAAGAAGGUCGUUAACCAGCAGGCGCUCCUCAAGGGCACGGGCUCCGUUUCCGACAUUGACGAGGAGCCGGCGAAACGCGAGAAGGACAGGGCCAUCCGCAUUCAGGAGAAGCUCCAUGCGCUGCACAAGGAUAUUGAUACCGACGAUGAGGAGGACAAGGGCGAAGACGAACCUCAACGUGCUGACCUCAAGGCCUUCCUCGACCAAUGCCAGGCCGAGUUUGCAUACCUCAUGGUCACACCUGCGAACCCCCUGCCACCUCGCGACUCUCCACCAUUACCCAUUCUGGAGGACAUGGCCGGCCCCGAACCCUACCAGCUGUCCGGUCAGCCCCCAGCGGAGCCCUCUUUCCAACAGCAAAUGCGACAGUCGCAGUUGCAGACUCAGAACCACGGUCGGGAGAUCGCGCGAGCGCCCUCGGCCCCGAAUCACGCGCCGCCAAUGCAACGCAGCCAGCCCACGACCUUUCAGGUGAAGCAAACGGAACUACCUGCUCAGCAGGCUGGGAACUCGGAAGCCGAAAACCCACCCGCCAUGUAUGCUGCAGGCACAGAAUGGCCGCAGCCUGUCUCCGUCACCACUCGUCUCAUGGAUGAUAACCUCCAGAGGCCAAAUCACUCCGUCGAAGCACUCGGAACGUCUGAGCACGCUGAAGAAGUAGCCACGAAACAAGUCCUCCCCGAGACCGAUGGCUGGGAGUUCCCCGAUGGCGCUUUCACAGACUCCAACGCGACGCAGCCUCAACAAGCCCAGCAGUUGGCUUCGACCCGGCCAGACACUGACGUUUUCCCCAGCGCAGAGAACGUACCUAAGUCGCCUACUCGAGGGCCAGGCUCGCAUAGGAGAAAGGGAUCAAUGUCUCGACGCCGCAGCUCGGACCAGGAACUUUCACUGAACGCCCUGUCUCUCAAGCAGGAAAGCACGAAUUUCAAGUUGCGCUUCGGCCUCCGCGGACAUCUUGACACUGUCCGAACCGUCAUAUUUUCCGGAGGUGGCAGCCCAGGAGAGCCGGAAAUCUGCACCGCCGGCGACGAUGGCAUGAUCAAGCGCUUCCACAUCCCUAGAACGGAGAGUCCAGUCGGAGGGUCUGAUCUGGACGUUGCGGCAAACUUCACACACAGGGGUCACUCGGGAGCGGUCCUUUGUCUGACGUCGUGGUCCCCAUCGCCAAACUUCUCUACAGGCGGGAGAGCGCAGGGAGAUGGUUGGAUUUUCUCGGGUGGCCAGGAUGCCAGCAUCAGAGUAUGGGAGCGAGGGCGAGUUGAUCCCAAGGCGACCCUCGACGGCCACACUGAUGCGGUCUGGGCCAUCUGCGUACUUCCGGCAACACUGGGUGCCAUCUUCGGACAGUCGAACCCCUACGGCACUCCCGAUCGUAUCCUGGUAGCGUCAGGUGGUGCUGAUGGAACUGUCCGUCUGUGGGCCGUCAGCGCGCCACCUCAACUCACAUCGCCGCAGCCCGGCGCGAACCGAGCCGCUCCCACAGGCAGCAGAGGCAGGGUUCGAGGCAACUCAAUGAGUUCAGGAAGCGCGUUCCCUAACUCGCCACAGCCGACAAUGGCCUCCAACUCUCCUUUCAACCACACGCUUAUCCACAAUAUAUCGCGAUCUGACGGCUCAACAGCCAGCCCGACUUGCAUCACACCCCUCAGCCCGACUGGUGAGACAUUUGUCGUGGCUUAUUCGGACGCUUCUAUCAUUGUAUACGAUACCCGCUCUGGCGAGCAGACUGGUGCCAUGGACAGCCUGGAGACGUAUGACGGAACCAUCGGCACAAGCGUCAACUCUGUCGUUGCUACCACUGUGGGCCUGGAACAAGGCCAGCAUGCCAGCAGCAUGUCUGAGGAGGACGCGUCUACCAGCGGAGGCCCGACAGGCGGCGGCAGGACCAUGGCCAGCUCCGGCGUUGAGGGUGUAGUGAUUUCUGGGCACGAGGACCGGUUCGUGCGCUUCUUUGAUGCCAAUAGCGGCCAAUGUACAUACAACAUGCUCGCACACCCAGCCUCCAUCUCGGCGCUGUCACUCAGCCCCGACGGCCGCGAACUGGUCAGCGCCGGCCACGAUGCUAGCCUGCGGUUCUGGAGCCUCGAGAAGCGUUCAUGCACGCAGGAGAUUACGAGCCACCGCAUCAUGCGCGGCGAGGGUGUCUGCUCUGUCGUUUGGAGCCAGGACGGCAAGUGGGUCGUCAGCGGAGGUGGCGACGGUGUGGUCAAGGUGUUCACGCGGUAG